UCACUAGUAAAUGAUUGCUGUCAGCUGAUAAAGGAGAACUUCUAGAAAACAUCUGAACAAGAUCUGAGUGAGUUUACUCUCAAUAUUGAACGUUUAGACUGAUCUUGUAGUCUAUUAAAGUCGAUGACAGCUUUAGACUUCACAGUAUUUCCAUGUUUUCUUUAAAGCGGGUUCCACCCAGACCUAGCCGCUCCGGGGCCGUGGAUAAAGUGUUCACCGAGUCCUUUCUACCGUCUGCGGGGCCAUCAGGAGUUUUUUUUUCUUUUUAAAUUGGACCAAAAUUAAUCAUUUUAUGGUCAUAUUACUGUCUGCUAAACCAUGUCUCCUUGUUUUUAUACCAUUCCAAUAUGGCGUCACUCUUUACGUAUCUUGGACAACAGUAAAAAGCCUGCGAGUCAUUUCUAGUGAUAUUAACCUCAUUGUUAAAUGCAUCUUUUUUACUUGAAUUUAUGAAUGAACAGCAAAGCUCAGAUAUGACCUCCAGCCGAUAGGUGGCGGUAGUGCGGCCGGUGUACAAGCAAACUGCAGCAAAACCUCAGAAAUGAAACAGGAAGUUCUGCGGCUCUUGUGUCGCUGAACUUUUGAUGUUCGGCGGUAGAAAACAGAAAACUUGAAGGCAGAACAGUCCUGCGGCAUCUCCAGAAGAUCUCUGUCGAUCACAGACGGAUCGUUUGUGGUCACAGCUUGUGUUGAGUUCCAUCAGGGCGCGAGGAGAUCCGGUUCUGGAGUUCUGUGAGGAUGGAGGCGAACGAGGCCACAGAAGGAGAGAUUCAGGUCCAACUUCGGACUCUUGAAUCGAAAGCAGAGCAGGACCUUAGUUUGGACUCUAAUCGGGACCUGAAUCUGGAUGUGGAUCUGGACCGGGAGUUAUCCAGACUGACGAUUGGAGAGCUGAAGCAGAAGGCCGUGCAGACGGAGCUCCUGGUGUCGGAGUUUGGCGUCGGCACGGAUCCGGACUGGGAGAGCCAGGUGGGGGCCGUGUUUGAGCGCAGCUCUCAGCUGGCUGAUCAGUACGACCAGCUGAUGAAGAAGCAGGCCGAGGAAGAGGAGGCAGAGGAACAGCACAGACAGCAUCUGCAGAGGAAGAUGGAGGAGGCCACCCAGCAGCACCAGGCUCUUCUGGAAAAACUGGACUCUCUGAGGGUGAAGCUGCAGCUGAACAACCCCAAGGCCACCAGGAAGAGCUUCUUAUCCAAGAAACAGGAAAUGAUGUCGGAGAAGACCAGAGCCGAGGAGGAGAGGAACAGGUCAGCAAAGGAACUGCAGGAGAGUGACAGGAAGCUGACGGCGCUCGCAGAUGAGCAGACGGAGGAGCAGAGGAGGUGGCAGGAGGAGUUGGAGGAGCUGAGGAAGGAGAUGGACCGCGUGAGGAAGGAGGCGGAGGAGGCCCAGCUGCAGGCGCUAAAGGAGGAGAUGUCCGCCGUGGAGAAGCAGAGAGACGUGGCGCUGACCCGCAUCGAGGAGUGGCUGGAGGAGGUCAAGCAGUACCUGAACAUCCUGCGGGCGGAGUUCCCUGAGAAGUUCCCUCAGGAGCUGGUCCGGUGGGAGAAGAAGGAAGUUCUGGUCCAGAAGAACAAGGCGGACCUGCAGAGCCGGUUCCAGGAGCUUCUGCAGCAGCUGCAGCAGGGGCGGGAGCUGGAGUCCCUCCCCAGGAUCGACAUGCCCAGCCUGCCUCAGGUCCCUAUGGCUGAACUCCGCUUCCACCAGAUCGUCCAGAAACUGCAGGUCCAGCGGGUAAGCUGGACAAGCUCCUGGAGAAGCUGGGGGGGCGGUUCCCGCAGUGCAGCCGGGCGCAGCUGACGUCUCUGCUGCAGCAGGUGAAGAGCGUGCGCGGGACGCUGGCUGGGAUGUCCCACGACGAGCUCAUGGAGCAGGUCGCCCAGCGGCUGGCCCACAGCGAGAGGAUGGCCCCGGGGCCCAUCCAGAGGCCGACCCCCGCCCUGCAGAGGGCCGUCGCAGCCCCCCGCAAACUCUGCCUCAUGUGUCAGAACCACGUAGACCCGGAGACCCGACACCCCCUGAGCUGCUCCCACACCAUCCACCGGGACUGCAUCCAGAUGUGGCUGCAGUCCAGCAAGAACAACUCCUGCCCCUUCUGCCCCGCCAAGUGACCCGCCCCCUCCAGACCCAGGGGGGUUGAGCCCCCUCCUGCUCCGCUUGAAGGAGGAAAACGGGUUUUGUUCAUGCACGUCUUAAUAUUUUUGAAAUAAAACUCAAACUGCUGA